GAAAAGGUGGUUUUAAGACGUCUCUUCCUUUACAAGCGGCGGCUGAUUGAAGACCGCAAAACCUAAUCCUAAGCUUCAGAUCUCCCUACCGGAAAGAGGAAUCCAAUCCAUGGCCUCUUUUGCAGAAGCGCCUCCAGGCGAUGCCAAGGCCGGAGAGAAGAUCUUUAAGACCAAGUGCGCGCAGUGCCACACCGUCGAGAAGGGUGCCGGCCACAAGCAAGGACCAAACUUGAAUGGCCUUUUUGGGAGACAAUCUGGUACCGGUGCUGGUUACUCAUACUCUGCUGCUAACAAGAAUAUGGCUGUCAUUUGGGAGGAGUCUACUUUAUAUGAUUACUUGCUGAACCCUAAGAAGUACAUUCCUGGAACCAAGAUGGUUUUCCCCGGUCUGAAGAAGCCCCAGGAGCGUGCCGACCUAAUCGCUUUUCUCAAGUCGUCCACUGCUUAAUAUAUUGUCUUUCCUCUUCAUGUGUGGUUUAUUUCUUCACUCUUAGAGCUUCCGUAUCAUUCUGCUGGUUGGAAAAGGCAGAAACAUCAAAAAUUUUCUUAUCCCCUCAAAUUCAUUGCUUCAUGGAGGAUUGUUCCUUGAGAUACUUGCAUAUUUUUUCUGAACCUGCAAAUUGAUGGUGGAAAUCAAUAAAUAUAAAUCCAAAUUUAUCUUGACAA